GAGUAAGGCAGAGUAGGGCGGGACAUUCCUAUGCCGUCAUAGGAAACGCAAAUUCGCUUCCAGCAAUAAUACAAACACAUGGGCUGAACAUCUUGGAAGCUUCAGCCACAAAGUGCAGUCAUGACGAGGUGGGCGAGAGCCAAUAAUGUGCAUAAACACAAGCCGGCCGAGGCCACUCCGUGGAGUCAGCUGAGAGGAGGAGGAGGAGGAGGAGGAGGAGGAGGAGGAAGACCGCAGAGGGACCAUCUGAGAGGGACUCAGGCUGGCGGAUCAGCCGUGAAGAAGCCCAACCGUCCGAAGAAGGACUACGCCAGCGAGGACGUCAACGGCUUCCUGGAGUAUCUCCAGCAGACGGGCCAGCCGCUGCCCCGGGGGAGUAACGGAGGGAGGGAGGGGGAGCGGGAGUUCAGGGAGGAGGCGGAAACGGCCCUGAGGAAAGACCGGAGACGAGAGGACCGGAGGGUAAAGAGGCAGGACAACAAGAAGAGCCACAUGCUGUGUUUUAACUGCAGGAAGCCUGGUCACGGUCUGGCCGACUGUCCCGAGGCGGACCGAGACGAGGAGAUGGGCCGAGGCAUCUGCUACCGCUGCGGCUCCACCGAACACGAGAUCCAGAAGUGUAGAGCUAAAGUGGACCCCGCUCUGGGCGAGUACCCGUACGCCAAGUGCUUCAUCUGUAGUAAGACGGGCCACUUGUCGCGGGCCUGCCCAGAUAAUCCUAAAGGACUUUAUGCACAAGGAGGUUCCUGUCGUGUUUGUGGUUCAGUGGAACAUUUCCAGAAGGACUGUCCGGAGCAUCAGGCUGCAACUAACUCGGUGACGGUUCCCUGGUUGUCCAACAACAUGAGCGCCGACUACGAGGACGUCCACGUUCCGGUGAAGAAAACCAAACCCAAACAAGAGAAGGUGGUGAAGUUCUGAUGUGGAGCCGAGUCAUCGCUCGGACUCGGUUUCUCUGACCAGAUUUACCUUCUGGACUCUGAUAAAUGGACUAAUCUCUGUUUCCUCAGACACCUUCUGAUUCUCUCUGUGUAUAUUUGAAAUCCUUUUUAUUAAAGUAUUUCUUCGGUAUA